AUGAAGUUUAUUACUGCUAUAACAACCCUUAUUACCCUUUUCUCCAUAGUCUCUGCACAUACUUCUAUGCUUUACCCUCCGGUUCGUGGUCAUCCUAAAAACCCAAAUGCUGCCGUCAAAGACUUUGAUUGCAUUAUUGCUCCAUUAAAUGGUGACGGAGGUUGUAAACGUAAACCUUUUCCAUGUGGUGGUUACCCUGUUGACACCAAAAUUGUUACUACCUUUAAAGCCGGUCAAGUAAUCGAUGUUAAAUUCUUUAAUCCUAAUUUUCCUGAUAUAAAAACCGCUGACCCAAGCAGAGAUCAAGCUCGUCAUAAUGGUGGACUAUGCGAAUUUGCUUUAAGUUAUGAUGGUGGAAAAACCUACACAGUUAUCGCAACUUAUCACAAAACUUGUCCUGAUAUCUUUUUUGAGAAUUGGAAAGUUAAAAUUCCCGAAAAUGCUCCAUCAUGUGAUAACCCUGGAAAAUGUAUAUUCUCAUGGAGUUGGAUUAAUGCAGUUGGUAAUCGAGAAUUCUACCAAAAUUGUGCCGAUAUUAAAUUAAUUGGUAAUUCUACUGAAGCCCUACCAAUUAUUGAUAUCACAAGAGCCAAUUUAUCCCCAGACUUCACUGACAUUGUUACUCCGGAAGGUGACCCGCUAAAUUCAGGAAAUGCUAAAGGCUCCGGCCCAUUAGCUGAAGAUGUUAAAGCUAAUUUGGAAUUGAAAAUUGGUCCAGAUUCCAAAAAAACUAAACCAAAUGAUGGUUCUAAAACCAAACCAAAUGAUGGUUCUAAAACUAAACCAAAUGAUGGUUCUAAAACUAAACCAAAUGAUGGUUCUAAAUCAAAACCUAACCCUUCACCUGUUGCCUCACAAAAACCAAAACCCAAAUCGAAUCCCAAGUCAAAUCCCAAGUCAAACCCUAAGUCAAACCCUAAGUCAAAACCAAAAUCUUCACCUGUUACCACUCCCAAAUCAAAUCCUUCACCUGCCGACACUAAACCGGUACCUAAUCAAGGAUCAAAUAAACCAUCAGAAUCAAAUGCAACUUGUCCUGAUUCUGAUAAUGGUAAAAUGACUUGCGUAAACGCUGGUGCUUCUAGUGACUUUGCUACAUGCGUUAAUGGCAAACAA